AUGACUCUGGUGCUGUCCAUGCAUAGAUUCUGCGAUCCCAUUGUCUCGGGGGGAGCUGCCGAGAUCGCAGAGUACCAGACCCUGUGGGAGUCGCACUGUGGCAGCAAGACUAGCCCCUCGGAUCCCAGCCAGGCUCAGCAGCAGGGAGACAGGGCACCAUGUCAUUCUCUGGCAGGAUCACAUUACAGGGGAAUUUCAAAUCCUAUAACAACAUCCAAGAUCACAUACUUUAAAAGGAAAUAUGUGGAAGAAGAGGAUUUUCAUCCACCACUCAGCAGCUGUACGCGUAAAACAGUUUCUGUUUUUGAGGAGCGGGCACACAUUCUUUACAUGUCUUUGGAAAAACUGAAAUUUAUUGAUGAUCCUGAAGUCUACCUACGGAGAUCCGUCCUCAUAAACAAUUUAAUGAAGAGAAUCCAUGGAGAAAUUGUCAUGCAAAACAACUGGUGCUUCUCUGCUUGCUCUUUUGGUGGUCCCUCAUCACAAGAGUGGUUUAUGGCUCAAGACUGUCCUUAUAGAAAACGUCUUCGGAUGGCAAAAGAGGAGUGUGAAAAGUUCCAUACUUGCUGCUUUUAUCAAGAAUGUGGCAGUCACUAUUUAAAUUUACCUUUCUCUGUUAAUACUAAUGGGGAGAAUUCUUCUUCCUCUUCUUCCUCCUCCUCCUCUUCCUCCUCCUCCCCUAUAUCUUUGCCAAGUUGUUCCCACCAGGUGGAUUAUGGCAUCGGCAGUGCCCCUGUUUACAGGCGUGAUGACCAGAUUCUUGCUAACGAAAUAUUCAUUACUAAUGCCAAGUCUCAUGGUAAUCAGGAAAAGGCAAAAUUAAAUGAUGAGAAAGGAGAUAACGAAACUGAUCGAGAUGGUAUCACUCUAAACUGUGAACCUAUGAAAGGCGACCUUGCUCUUGAAUGUAAAGGCAAAUUUUAUGAUUAUUUUGAGACUGGAUGUAAUGACAAGAGCAACAUAAAUGAAUCUUGGAAAAAGUCCUUAAGGAAAAAGGAAUCUUUACCAAGUAAUAAAAUGUGCUGCAGCAAAGGAAGUAAAAUAUGA